UCCUCUCUCCCUCCGCCCCCCUACCCACGAGCUCCAUACACCUCCCCCCCCCCGCGCGCUUUCGCCGGCGACGAGCGCCAGCUAGAGUAAGGUAGAUCAGGGCGCUUUCGCCGGAGAACGGAUGGAGGAUUCCGCGGGUUCGCGUGGCGGCGGGGGAUGCGGCGGCCUGGACGCGCAGAUCGAGCAGCUCAUGGAGUGCCGCCCGCUCCCGGAGACGGAGGUUAGAGCAUUGUGUGAGAAGGCCAAGGAGAUAUUGAUGGAUGAAAGCAAUGUUCAGCCAGUUAAAAGCCCGGUGACAAUUUGUGGCGACAUUCAUGGACAAUUCCAUGACCUUGUAGAACUUUUCCGGAUUGGUGGAAAGUGUCCAGACACGAACUAUUUAUUUAUGGGAGAUUAUGUGGAUCGUGGUUAUUACUCUGUUGAGACUGUAACGCUUUUGGUUGCACUUAAGGUGCGGUACCCACAACGAAUUACUAUUCUUCGUGGAAACCAUGAGAGUAGACAGAUCACACAGGUGUAUGGCUUCUAUGAUGAAUGCCUACGAAAAUAUGGCAGUGCAAAUGUCUGGAAGAUCUUCACUGAUCUUUUUGACUAUUUUCCAUUGACAGCAUUGGUGGAAUCAGAAAUUUUCUGCCUCCAUGGUGGUUUAUCUCCUUCCAUUGAAAAUCUCGAUAGUGUUCGUAGCUUAGAUCGUGUUCAAGAGGUCCCUCAUGAGGGACCUAUGUGUGACCUUCUAUGGUCUGAUCCAGAUGAUCGAUGUGGCUGGGGCAUUUCUCCUCGAGGAGCUGGAUACACUUUUGGCCAAGACAUAUCGGAACAGUUUAAUCACACCAACAAUCUUAAACUUGUUGCCCGGGCUCAUCAGUUGGUUAUGGAGGGUUAUAACUGGGCACAUGAACAAAAGGUGGUGACCAUAUUCAGUGCACCUAAUUACUGUUACCGGUGUGGCAACAUGGCAUCCAUCCUUGAGGUUGAUGACUGCAGGAACCACACAUUUAUUCAGUUUGAGCCAGCUCCGAGGAGAGGUGAACCAGAUGUGACACGGAGAACACCAGAUUAUUUCCUUUGAGUUAUUUGCUGUCAUUUUGAUUUUUGUGCAAGAUUGCAAUAGUGGUUGCUGGUCAGAAACAUUUUUGUUGGAUCCAUAUGAUAAAUUAACCUGACCAGCAAUAGCAAGAAAAUGCCACAUCCCUAAUAGCGUGAAAGUUGAUCCCCAUUCGUUGCUGCAAGAGGUGCUAUCAGCCUACCACCCAAGCUGACAUAAGAAUCCGGCGGUAAAUUGGCACCUCCGUUGGUUCUGUUGAGCCAGACUGCUGGCUCAACAGAGAUGGAGCUUCCGUUUUAGCAUAAGUUGCUUGGGUUCUUCCUUUAGUUUUGUUUUGUAUUGGUGUGCUUACAACCUCUGUGAUUAAGACUUAAGACAUGCUGAUCCUCUUGUUGCUAGAAUUGUGAAGAAUGGCAUGCAGCUAGUUCUUCCGUUCUUUACUACGUAUAUCUGAUAUUACCAGCUGUGCACUUCUUUCAUGUAGCACCAACAUGUUACAGUCCA